UGGGACCCCAAGUUCGACUCCACCAACCUGGAGGAGGCGUGCAUGGAGCGCUGCUUCCCGCAGACCCAGCGCCGCUUCCGCUACGCCCUCUUCUACAUUGGCGUGGCCUGCCUGCUCUGGGGCAUCUACUUCGGCGUGCACAUGAGGGAGAAGCGGAUGGUGUUCAUGGUGCCGGCCCUGUGCUUCCUCUUGGUGUGCCUGGCCUUCUUUGCCUUCACGUUCACCAAGGCCUACGCCCGCCGUUACGUGUGGACUUCGUUGACGCUCACGCUCCUGGUGUUCGCCCUGACGCUGGCCCCGCAGUUCCAGGCCCUGGAUCCCCUGUCGGGGAGCGGUGAUGUGCCCAACCGGACGGCCCCAGCCGUUCCCACCGACACCUGCCUGUCGCAGGUGGGCAGCUUCUCUAUGUGCGUCGAAGUGCUCCUGUUGCUCUACGCGGUGAUGCACUUACCCCUGUAUCUGAGCUUGUUUCUGGGGCUGUCCUACUCGGUCCUCUUUGAGACCUUUGGGUAUCGCUUCCGCGAUGAGAGCUGCUUCACGCCGCUCGGAGGCGGCGCGGUUUACUGGGAGCUGUUGAGCAAAGCCUUCCUUCACAUCUGCAUCCACGCCAUCGGCAUUCAUUUAUUUAUCAUGUCCGAAGUCAGGUCCAGAAGCACGUUCCUGAAGGUGGGGCAGUCCAUCAUGCACGGGAAAGACUUGGAAGUGGAAAAAGCCCUGAAAGAGAGGAUGAUUCACUCUGUUAUGCCCAGAAUAAUAGCAGAUGACUUAAUGAAACAGGGCGAUGAUGAGAGCGAGAACUCCAUCAAACGUCAUUCCACCUCGAGCCCCAAGAACAGGAAGAAGAAGCCCUCCAUCCAGAAAACCCCCAUAAUAUUCCGGCCUUUUAAAAUGCAGCAGAUAGAGCAGGUGAGCAUUCUGUUCGCGGACAUCGUUGGCUUCACUAAGAUGAGCGCCAAUAAAUCUGCCCACGCUCUGGUGGGGCUCCUCAACGACCUCUUUGGGCGCUUCGACCGCCUGUGCGAGGACACUAAAUGUGAGAAGAUCAGCACACUGGGAGACUGCUAUUACUGCGUGGCCGGCUGCCCAGAGCCACGGGCGGACCACGCUUACUGCUGCAUCGAGAUGGGCUUGGGCAUGAUCAAAGCCAUCGAGCAGUUUUGCCAGGAGAAAAAAGAAAUGGUCAACAUGAGAGUCGGUGUCCACACCGGGACGGUGUUGUGCGGCAUCCUGGGAAUGAGGAGGUUCAAGUUCGACGUGUGGUCCAACGAUGUCAACCUGGCCAAUCUGAUGGAGCAGCUGGGGGUGGCUGGGAAAGUCCAUAUUUCGGAAGCUACUGCGAAAUAUUUGGACGAUCGUUAUGAAAUGGAGGAUGGCAAAGUGACGGAGCGGGUCGGUCAGAGCGUGGUGGCCGAUCAGUUAAAAGGAUUGAAGACCUAUCUGAUCUCUGGUCAGAAGGUGAAGGAACCCCACUGCAGCUGUUCGCAAGCCUUGCUUCCCAGCUUGGAGGCUGGGGAUGGAGCCAGGAUGCAGGCAGCUCCCUCAGCCGAGAGUGCUGCUGACUCCACAAAGGCUCUCAAACACGUGGAAAAGCCAAAGGCUCCCGGAGGACAUAGUCCAAAGACUCAGAAUGGACUUUUGAGUCCUCCACAGGAAGAAAAGCUGAGCAACAGUCAAACCUCACUUUAUGAAAUGUUGCAAGAGAAAGGAAGAUGGGGGGGAGUGAGUCUGGAUCAGUCAGCUCUCCUCCCUUUGAGGUUCAAAAACAUCAGAGAAAAGACAGAUGCCCACUUUGUGGAUGUGAUUAAAGAGGACAGCCUCAUGAAGGACUACUUCUUUAAACCGCCCAUCAGUAAGCUGAGCCUGAACUUCUUGGAUCAGGAUCUGGAGAUGGCCUACAGGAUGAGCUAUCAGGAAGAGGUGAUGAGGAAUGCACCUGUGAAGACGUUUGCCAGCGCUACCUUCAGCUCCCUCCUGGACGUGUUCCUCUCCACCACAGUCUUCCUCAUCCUCUCCGUCACGUGUUUCCUGAAGCAUGGCAUGGUGGCAUCCCCUCCUCCACCCGCUGCUGUCGUGGUGUUUGUCAUUGCCAUCCUGCUGGAGGUGCUGUCCCUCAUCAUCUCAGUCAGGUAAAGCACACGUGAGCGUGUUAAAUGGGUGGUGUGUGGAAAUGCGUCUCUUUACUUGCACUUCUGCAAACCUAGCAGGCGUGUGUAAAUUUAAAUCCUUUUGUAAUCACAUCUUAGAAGCAGUUCUGUUGUUUCAGAAGAAGCAGUACAUUGCAGCUUCUAUUCCGACUUCAGGGUCAAGCUAAAAGUUGUACUUCAUUUGUACUUCAGUCACCUGAAUCAGGCUUGUAAUUGGAGUAUACCUACGAAGGUGUGCAAGCAAGGCUGGAAUUUUGAAGUAAAGGGGUGUCACUUACCAACUGUGGCAGUAUUUUGGAGAGUUAGUGUUUCCUAGUGGGUGUAUUUUGCUGUAAUAACUUGAACUGUGUUGUAUUGCAUAGUUUGUGGAGCAGCUGCAGUGGUACAAGUUUGGGGCAGAGCGUUGUGCCCAGGCAGCUCUUCCACUGGCUGAGGAUGAGGAGCAGAAGGGCAGCAGUGAGCAGCUCAUCUGGGCUCAGGGCUGUGGGUUGGAACCCUGCAGUUUGUUCAGCUCUGAACAGCUCAACCCCUGCUUUGCAGUAGAGCUUGCUUCUGCUCUCAGAUAUGUUUGGAGGGAACUGGUGUUUAUUCACUUUGCAGGUACCAUAUUGAAACACUCCAUUUUGGUAUUUUUUCAACUUAUUAUUUUUCCAUCACGUUAUUAUCUUUGCACUUACGUUUUCUUAUUUCACACAAGCUUGAAGAAGACUCCUUUUACUCUGCAGUUACAUUUCUCAGCACUUUGCUACCACAGGCCCACGUCACCACCGUCCUUCAGUGAGAUGUAAUUUGUGCUCACAGCUGAUCAGGGUAUCUGAGGUAGUGAAUCUCUGAGGUGCAGAAAAGGAUCAUCUCUGACCUGAGGAGAUCUCACCCAGAGUAUUUUCUUGAUAAUAGCCUUCUACUUUACACUGAAUAAGAGCCUCUUUUUGCAGAUGGAAGGCACAUAAGCUGGUAGGUUUUCAGUUCUGAACAGAAUUGUGUUUUGUAGAAACUGGUAUGUGCUUGGGGUUUUGGACUGUCUGGUUUUGUGUGUUGAGUUUGUGAUAUAUGUUGGUGUCUCCCCAGCCUGAGGCGCACACUCCUGCACAGGUGUAGCAACCUCCCACUUCCCCAGCUUUCUUUCAAAAUAUGACUGUGCCUUACAUGCUGGCUGCAUUAAAUUCAGGAUGUAUUAAAUUGUGCACUGCGUUGCGUAUCCACAGCAGGGGGUUCAUGGGCAGCUCUGUUGGUGCUGCUGAAGCGUGGGGCCUGCCAGCAUCAGGAGGAUGGAUGCACCGUUGUGCCCUUGUUCCGUAUCACUUCCUUUAAGCAGAAAGAGGAAUAUCAUCUUUUUUUCCCUCUUCAAAGCAAGAGCUGCUUGCUCUGACUGCGUGUUAUACACAGAAACAGUGCAGAGCUUCCUGUGCAGAAAUGUCAUCCCAAAUGGCAAUCACAGAAUGCCACAGAGCUAUCUUAAGGGAGGGGAUCGGCCUACAAUGCUGGGCGCAAUCCCAGAAUUUCAGGAAAAGGGAUUAUUUUGGGCCCAAACAAAUUCUUGCCCGAGUUUCUCAUUGUGUUUUCAUUAUCAUGGUGCACAACACCCCUGCCUUUAAAUCAGUCUGGCUUUAAUUGCAUCCAGUGCUUGGCCCAGGGAGCACGCAGCACAGCUCUGGGGGCUGAGGGCUCGAGUCUGGCUGUGCCAUGAGAGACAAGGAAGAGCCAGCAGGGUGAGAGCAGAAGGCCUCGUGGAGCAAGAGGAGGAUGUUUUGAUUUCUCUGAAGUGCCUGCUAAUAAAUUAUUGGAGUACCUACAGAUGAGGAUCCCGCUGUUAGCACAAGUGCCGCUCUAGAAUUAAUUGUUCAACACCACGUGCAAAAAGAGUGCUUAAUUUGGAAGCAUGUGGCGUGUGUCACCUCCAGUUCUGCUGAUACAGUGCAAAGAAUGUCCUUCUGCCCACUUGGAAUAUGACUGCUUGUGUGAGUUCAGUUAGAAUGCAGGGGAUCUUCAAGUUUGGGUAUUUUAUAUAAGUAUCUCGGGAAAUGUCAUUGAACAUAUGACAGUAUGUGAGAUCUCACUUGGGUUUUCUUAGGGUUGCCUCGCAGAAACAGAGGUAAAAGAGAUCUGCCCACUGUUCUAGGUAUAAAGAUUUUUGUUAGCCAGACCCCUUUGGCAUCCAGUCCUUGUUCUCAACUGAAACCUGUUAUAUAUUGAUAAAAAUGUGCAUUGCUUCUGAUAGCACCCUUCAGCGAGGAUCUCUGGGUGCCAGAGGAGUUCUUGUUCAGAAGAGUGGGAAAUGGAGCACCUGGUGACUUCAUUCAGCCGUUCUGCCCUACCUUCACAGCGGGCAAACCAGAUCUUCCAGGUGAAAAAAGAAGCAAGCACGGUCCAAACAGGAGAAGGGAAACCUGCUGUUGCCUGAUAAAGUUAGACUGCACUUUGCCCAUUCCUCUGCAGUAACACCCAAAGCUGCUGGAGCCCUGUGGCCCACUGGCUCCUCCUAAAUUCUUUAUGACCAGGAGCAAAAAUCACUUUGUGCAACUGGAGCUCAAUGAAAGGGUUCUGUUAGCAAUAUGAUGUGCAUGGAGUAUUGGUGCACGGGCAGGAGAUGCAUUCUGUUCACCUUUAUUUCUACCAGCUGUGACUUUGGUAUUUAAUAUCCCACCAAAUUGCUGCUGUCCCAAAAGCUUUGGAUUUGAAAUACGGGAAUUGAUUCUCAGCUGUCAGUAAGCACAGAAUUGCCAGUAAUGUUCUCCAUUAGCCAUUAAUCAUUCAUGUCCAAGUUACUGAUCUGGACUGCAGUUUGUGUAGCCAUGCCCAGCACUGCAGCAUCUCAGCAUGCUGAGCUGCCCACAACCAUCCCACCAUGUGCCCCAUGGCCACCUUGUGUCUGCAGCCCUCCUGGAAGGGGACAGCUGUGCUGUAGGCCUGGGCUUAGCUUCCCCAUGAGGGUUUGUAAGUCCUGGACCAAAAAA